AUGAAAACCGUUAUAGUCGCUCUUAUAGAAGAGAAAACUACUGAUUGUGAUGUCUUUAAUAUUAUUCAUAAGUUUGACUCAGAGUGGUGUCUUGAUCUCCACGGUUUUCUCAACCGCGACGAGUUCGCCGCUCGACUUAAUGAAAUCAAUCAUUUUAUCCGCCAAUACCCACUAUUGAGCGAAAGAGCAAAGACUCUUCUUAAGAAAGUAUGUGGCUCACUGGUCGUAUCACUGCUUAUAAGUCUUUUAGUCCUUGCUUCCAUUUCUGCUGGCAAGUCAUAUAAGUAUUUUCUUACUGGAGUCGUAAUAAAUGCGUGCUUUGCUUUCGGAUAUUAUUUGGCCAGAAUGUGGAUCGAAAAUAUAGCAAGGCGUCGCGCCGAAAGAUUUACCAAUGCUGUAAACGCUUUGUUUGCCCAAUACAACCAGCAAGAGAACCCAACUGCUAAUUGGAAUCUCGUGUGGCGUACCGUUGUCACUCAUUACACGAUAAAGACGCAAGCAUCAUUGGAUGGGAGUAUCAAGGGGGAAGUCAUACCGGUAUAUGCCGAGUAUGCAGAGAUAGUGCUCGAAAUCAAUGAUGCACUCUCUGACCUUACUGCCAGAACCGUUCGUGUGAACCUUGCGCUUGACAACGUUUCGGUUCCCUACAACCUGCCACAAUCGUAUGGAUCGCAUGGUUCUUCAAUUACCUACUCUCACUCUCCUUAUGAUAAAAAUAUGAAUGCCGGUACAUCAGUAUAA